CCGAGGCCUACUCAUCGAGGUGUCUAAGGUACCCAAGACAGUUUGGUAAAAUUCGGUACCUUACAAAAUAGGCCUCAGGUGCAUUUCGCAGGCAUGGCAGAAGUACGUGAGGUGGCCCAUGCGCGUGAGUCCAUACUUUAGGUACUUAACCAGUCGGUAUUUGGUCCAGGGACAAGUUCCACGGCUUGGCCGGGCUACUCCUUAUCCAUGUUCUUUCCAGCAACGCCGAAUGUCGUCUCCAUCUCACCUGUUUCUUCCUUUCACCAUCACCCGGAUCUCAACACCAUCUCCAACGAACCUGUCCCACGAAAUCCGCACUGCUCACCCCAGAGUAGUAAGUUAACUGAGAAAGCAGACUAAUCCUACGCUAAUUGACGCCGAGAUUCCCCUGGUCUUACCGCGUCCCCUCUACCGAGACGCACCGCCGUCCCUCACAUCUCACCCACGAGCCCAGCACCGUUAAUUGCACACACUGCGGCUACCUAGCAAGCCCGGCAACAACAUGUCUUCGCCGGCCUCAGCGACCGCGGAUGACGCUCCCAAGAACAAUCUCGAGCAGAUCACCUUCCGCUUCUGCUCCGAGUGUUCCAACAUGCUGUAUCCCAAGGAAGACGAGGACGCCCACAAGCUCCAGUUCACCUGUCGUACGUGCCGGUACACCGAGGAGGCCACCUCGUCCUGCGUCUUCCGCAACGUUAUGAACAACGCGGCUGGUGAGACGGCAGGUGUCACCCAGGACGUCGGAUCGGACCCUACGCUCCCGAGGUCGAACAAGACGUGUCCCUCAUGUGGACAUGAAGAAGCCGUUUUUUUCCAGUCUCAGCAACGUAGCGCCGAAACUGGCAUGAAACUCUUCUACGUAUGCUGCGAAUGCGGUUACAUCUUCCAAUGAUCAGCGCAUCUGUAUGAUCUUGUGGGUCGAGCAUCGAUCACAUCUUUUUCGGCGGUAUUUAUAGAGGACUUUUUGACACCGUUGUUGGGGGUCACUUCGCGGGUAAUGUAUGGGAUCGGCGUUUAGAAGUAGCUCGUCGAGGUCCAUCAGGACCAUUUUCUCCCGGAGUUAAAAGCAUGGCCGAUAGACCUCGGGUCCAACACAGCGGUGUGACGUCUGGCCUCGUAUCUAUCCCGAUAUCGUACCUACGCGACCAAUCCUGUAGCAUUAGACACAACUAUCAAUAGGCUAUAUCACAUGCACAGACAAGGAAU